UGUUACCAUGGACGAGUGGGAGGUGAGAGCUCGGUAUUUGAAAAUUAAUAAAUUCUUUGGCCAAUUCACCGGCGUGUGGCCUUAUCAGAAUCGAUUUUUGAAAAAUUUUCUGCGAUUUCUCACAACUAUUUGGACGUUAACAGCAUUUGUAACGCAGAUAGCAAAGGUGGUCGUAUUUUAUAGUAUCGACACAUUGUCGGGUGAAACUCCUUUUCUCAUAUUGAGUUUGAGUCUACUUACAAGGCACUGCAACUAUGUCUUGAACGAGCAUAAGCUACAGGAUCUCCUAGACAAUAUAGUAUACGAUUGGACAAUUGAAAGGCCGGAAGAAGAGGUGGCUAUUUUGGACGCUUAUAGCUCAAGGGCAGCAUUUUUCACAUCUUUUUACAGAGCGAAUAUAUGUAUCUCCUCGUUCUUCUUUUCCAUUACGCCAACUGUACCGUUCAUCUUGGAUAUCGUUAUACCUUUAAACGAAUCGCGAGAUCGUCUGUUGAUAUAUCCAGCCUAUUACUUCGUAGACGAAGAGAAAUAUUAUUUUUUCAUCAUAGGACACAUGUUACUAUCGGCGAUGUUACUCCCAUGCGUAUUUAUCGGCUGCGAUUCGAAUUUGAUGUGUACUGUACAUCAUGCUUGCGCUUUACUAAUGAUAAGUGGGCAUCGUUUCAAACACGCGGUGGAUGAUACAUAUAAUUAUCAUACGAAAGACGCUCGCGUUCUGAGGGAUAUACAGUAUGAUAACGUUUGCCGAUCCAUCGAUGCCCAUAACAGGGCUGUUAAAUAUAUAGAGAAAGUUGAAGCCUGUCACGAAAAAUGUCUUUUCUAUCUAAUGGGAUUGACCAUCAUGGCAUUUUCGAUCACUUUGCUACAGGCAACUACUUUGGAAAUGUCAAUAGCUUUUAUCACGUUUGUCGUAUUCGCAGUGGCCCAGAUAAUUCACGUCCUUUUUCUAACUAUCAUGGGGCAGUUCGUGAUCAAUUCUAACGAAGAAGUCUUCCGCAAUAUAUGUGAAGCGCUUUGGUAUAAGGGUUCAACGCGAACACAGUUGUUGUACGUAUUGGUGAUGCGAAAAUGUAUAACUCCCCCGGAAUUAUCAUGCGGGGGUUUCAUUCCGUUAAAUUUGGAUAGCUUUCAACAGAUUUUAAAAGCAUCCUUCUCCUAUUACACAGUACUGAGAAACGCAUGAUGAAAUAAUUACAACAUCAGACGCGGAAUAUUAUGGGAAUCUCAAUAACGUCUAAUUAAACCGAGCCAAAUGUAUUUGAACCAAAUACUUUGUUUACUGUUAAAGUUAAAGAUUGUACUUGUUAUCACCAAUUUAAUCACGCACCCCUUUUCCGUCUAUAUUACAUGGGAUAUACUCAGGUAUAUGAAAGUAAAUUAAAAUUUGUCGCUGUUAUGUAAUCGAGUGAAUGUUAUUCUUAACGUAAAUGUUAUUGUGACA